AUGGUCAAGCUGUACGAUCUGCCAGAGGAGAUCCUGCUCCAAAUCCACCUCUUAGCCCUUUCCCCCUUCCUCCCUCUCGCCCAUCCCGCACUCUACGCCAUCCUCCACAAUGCCCCCAAAACCCACACCGCCCAGUACCUCAUCCGCCUCUACGCCGACUAUGGCGCCGACAUGCUCGUUCGGGCGGUGCGGCAUCCCAUAUGCUCCACUACGGUGGCCAAGGAGAUUCGGCGGGUCCGUGACGACCUGACCUGCUCCGAACUUCCGAGGCGCCUGUUCCGCACGUUCGACCAGGAUCUCCUCGACCAUCUCAUGACCACCUACUCGCCGUCCCCCAAUUCGCACAAAGGAUACCCCCUUUGCCGCGCCGUCCUUACCUCAAACAUUGCGUUGAUCGAGUAUCUCCUUCGGUACGGCGCGGAUCCUGGCGUCCAAGAAUCGCUGCCGGUCCGGAUAGCUACUCAGUUGGGCCGCCUAGAUCUGGUCCGGUUGCUAGUAGAACCCGGGCAGGGCGGGGCCAAGCGCAUCAAGCGCGCCGAUCGGAUCGUUAUCGGCCCAGAAUUGGUCGAGCUAGCCAUCAAGUCUGGUCACGAGCCCAUUGUGCAAUACUUUGUGCACGACAAGGGUAUCAUGCCUCCUUUACGAUCCAUCAUGAAGCUAGGCAAAAGGAGAUAG